CCACUGAGCUGUCAGAAGAGAACAGACUUCUGCGUGCAAGCUACACAGAUGGGAUUACAUUUUAAAUAUUUGACUUAAGACCUUAAUUUUUAUGUCCUCUUUGAAAUCCUUACUCUCCCAGGGGUCACCAACUAGCAACAAUAAUUGCACAACUAACCCUAAACAUAACUCUUUCUUGCCUUGGUGAUUGAUGAUCAAGCCCAUAGGAACCUGCUAAGCACUAACGACUUUCGGUGGAAUUAAGUGUACUUUCGCUACGACACCAACUUUUUGGAAACUUUCCUUUUUUAAAUAGAAGAUGGCAUCAGAGAUAAAGACGGAGCCGAUGCGUGUGCUGGUGACAGGCGCGUCUGGGUUGAUCGGCAAAGCCAUUGAGCAUGUGGUGUUCAAGGAAGGUGGGAAACAAGAGGGAGAAGAAUGGUUCUUCAUCUCCUCUAAGGAUGGAGAUCUAACGGAUGUUGAGCAGACCAGAGCUGUGUUCGAGAAGUAUCAUCCCACUCAUGUCAUCCACCUUGCUGCCAAAGUGGGAGGACUCUUCAUACACUUGAAGGAAAACCUGCAGUUUUUGAGAGACAACAUAAAGAUCAAUGACAACGUCCUGCACACUGCCCAUGAGACGGGUGUUAGCAAAGUCGUGUCUUGCCUGUCCAGUUGUAUCUUUCCUGACAAAACUACAUAUCCCAUUGAUGAGACAAUGAUACACGAUGGGCAACCCCAUGAAUCAAAUUACGGAUACUCGUAUGCCAAAAGGAUGAUUGAUAUUCAGAACAGGGCAUACUUUCAGCAGCAUAAGCGUUGUUACACAUCAGUCAUCCCAACCAAUGUGUUCGGUCCCCAUGACGACUUCAGUGCAGAAAACGGCCACGUGCUGUCGGCAGUCAUUGGCAAGACAUACAAAGCCAAACGAGACGGAACCCACGUGACAGUGUGUGGCACUGGAAAUCCACGAAGACAGUUCACCUACUCUCUGGACUUAGGCCGCAUACUUGUCUGGGUCCUGAGAGAGUAUGACGAUGUGGAGCCUCUCAUCACCUCUAUUGGGCCGGAGAAGGAAGUUUCCAUCACAGAGGCAGUGGAAAUGAUCGCAGAGGCUUUGAACUUCAAGGGUGAAAUAGUCUAUGACACCACUAUGUCCGAUGGGCAGAUGAGGAAGACAGCGAGCAUUGACAAGCUAAGACGCUACCUUCCUGACUUCACCUUCACACCGCUUGAUGAAGCCAUCAAGUUGACCUGUGACUGGCUUGUGGCCAAUUACGACAUUGCGAGAAAAUGAUGUGAUGAAGCACUGAGCUGAAAACACUGUUUUUCUUAUUCGGUGUUUUGGAGUUACCAUCUGCAAUACGAGGACCAAUAAUUACUUACACUGUUGAUGCUAAUCUAUUCUUCCUAUUUGCUGAUUGACAUUUCUUUCUCUAUAUUUAUUAAAUUAUUUUAUGGUGCAGGGAGGGGCAAUAUGAACUAUAUGAACUAAAUCAUAAUACCUUCUUCUUCUUUUACGGUGAUUAUGUUUCGAACCUAAGUUACAUGUUUAAAUUAAAGGAAUACUAGACUCAA